AUGAAGAACAUGAAGAAAGGUUGUGAGUUAUGUGGUUUACCUGCCACAACAUAUUGUGAAUCAGAUAGAGCAAGCUUAUGUUGGCAUUGUGAUGGCAAAGUUCAUGAAGCAAAUUUCUUGGUUAUUAAACAUAUUAGAACUCUUCUUUGUCAUCUUUGUCAAAAUCCUACUCCUUGGACUGCUUCUGGUCCCACUUUACCUCCUUCUUUAUCUUUUUGUCUUGCUUGUGCUUCUUCUCAAUCUACCCAUCUCAUGAUCAUGCCUCAACAUCAUCAUCAUCAUGAUGGUCAUGGUCAUGAUGAUGGGCAUGAUAAAGAAGAAGAAAGAGAUGAUUCCAUUCAUGUUGAUGAUGAUGAUAAUCAGGUUGUUCCAUUGACAUCUAAUUGCUCAUCUCUACCAUCAUCAUCAAUUGGGUCUAUGAAUAAUUCUAACACUAGUAUUACUACUGAUGGUGUUGAUGAUGAUGAUGAUGAUGAGGAGGAGGAUGGUGAAAAGAGUGUAUCAAUGAUACCAUCAUCAUUAAAGUGUAGGAGGAAGUUUUAUAUGGAUUCCUGA